CCAGUGUGUGCGAGACAGCCAGGCCCAGAGGAGUGGCUCCACUGCUCUGCCUGUGGUAGGAUUUCUGUCCUGCAGGGGGACGACAGGGCUUUUGCUGGAGAGUCCAGACUGCUGCUGUGCUGGGACAAGCACGGUUCAGAGCCAGGGACGUUGGCCCAGAGAUGAGGCUGCUGUGGACUCUCCCGACCCUCUGGCUGUUGGCAGCAGAGGAUCUCUCUGCCCACAGGGCCCGGACCCGCAGAGAGCUGGCACCGGGCUUGCAUGAGCGGGGGAUCCGUGACGCCGGCGGCUCGUACUGUGAGAGGAAUGAUGCCUGCUGCGCCGGCAGGGACGAUGCCUGCACCGUGCCCUACCUGGAUACCAUCUGCUACUGCGACCUCUUCUGCAACCGCACCGUCUCUGACUGCUGCCCUGACUUCUGGGAGUACUGCCUGGGCAUCCCGCCCCCUGUGGUUGUGCUCAAAGGUUGUGAUCGUGGUGGACAGAAAUACCCAACUGGAGCCACCUACAGAGAAAACUGCAACCUCUGCACCUGCAGCGGGAACGGGAAGUGGGACUGCGAGCAGCAUGCCUGCCUCAUCGAUGGCGAGAUGAUUGAUGCCAUCAACAGAGGGAAUUAUGGCUGGAGAGCCGCCAACUACAGCCAUUUCUGGGGGAUGACACUGGACGAAGGGAUCCGCUACCGGCUGGGGACCAUCAAACCACCCCCCCUGGUCAUGCACAUGAACGAGCUGCAGAUGAGCAUGGACACCAACGAGCAGCUCCCCAGCCAUUUCAACGCAGCUGACAAGUGGCCCGGGUUGGUCCUCGAGCCCCUGGACCAGGGCAAUUGCGCCGGCUCCUGGGCUUUCUCCACGGCAGCGGUGGCAUCGGACAGGAUCUCCAUCCAUUCCAUGGGGCACAUGACGCCUGCCCUGUCCCCCCAGAACCUGAUCUCGUGCGACACCCGGAACCAGCAGGGCUGCAGCGGGGGCCGGAUCGACCGGGCCUGGUGGUAUCUGCGCAGGAGAGGGGUGGUGACUGACAGCUGCUACCCCUUCACCAGCUGGGAGAAGGACAGCUCCCCCGCAGGCCGGCCCUGCAUGAUGCAAAGUCGUUCCACGGGCAGAGGGAAGAGACAAGCCACCCAGCGGUGCCCUAACCCCCAGACCCACUCCAACGAGAUCUACCAGUCGACCCCCGCCUACCGCCUCUCCUCCAGCGAGAAGGAGAUCAUGAAGGAGCUGAUGGAGAAUGGGCCCGUGCAAGCCAUCAUGGAGGUUCACGAGGAUUUCUUUGUGUACAAGAGUGGAGUGUAUCGGCACACGCCGGUGAUGGCUGGGAAGCCGGAGCACCACCGGAGACACGGCACCCACUCAGUGAAAAUCACAGGGUGGGGAGAAGUGAGGACACCCCAGGGGCAGACUCAGAAGUACUGGGUGGCUGCGAACUCCUGGGGCAAGCACUGGGGAGAGGGCGGCUACUUCCGCAUCGCCCGGGGUGCCAACGAGUGCGAGAUCGAGACCUUCGUGGUGGGCGUCUGGGGCCGCGUCAGCAUGGAGGACAUGAGGCGCCGGAAGUGAGCCAGCCGGGUGGCCCUGUGUGGCACGGGGAGGCCGUUCCUCCCACAGCCCCGACGUGCUCCAUGUGUGAUCUGGACCCAGCCAAAGGCAGCUGCAGCAGACUCUGGCUCCGUCGCUACCCCCAAGGGACCCCGAAGGAUCCCCAGCCAGCUGCCAGCCUCUCCCAGGACUACGUAGGGCUCUGGGAGGCCUGGCACCCCGGGGACCUGGGUGAAUCCCUGAGGACUCAUGGAGCUGCCACCAAGGAAUGUCUUCAUAACAUGGGCCACACCCUCUCCUGGUAACGGACCCUCGGCCCUGAGCAGUCCCUAGCAGGAGACAUGCUGGGACCCUCUGGGGUGCUCCUUAGUGAGGACUGAGGGCUGUUUAUGCUACUCAGGCGGGGUUUGGGGCUGUGGGGCUGGGGUGCCUUGGGCCCCACCAUGUGGAAAUCAGAUCGGUCUGUUGCCCCACCCUUUUGGGAAUGCUGCCGCCACCCUUGGGACCCCCGUUGCCCCAGCCCCGUCACCCAUCGCUGGGCUUUUCCCCAGAGAUCCAGAGGGGGCCCUAGGGCUUCCUGGACCCCCAGCUCUCCAGAGACCAACCUGUAGUUAACCCCUUUCAUCUCCCCGGGGGCAGAGUGCCAGGAGUGCCAGUAAGCCACGCCCUUGUCACCCCAGUGGCAGGGGGUUUGCCCCUUCUCUCCAUGCCACUGGGCGAGGAGAUGGCACAGCCUUUCCUGAGAGCCUCCCGUGUUAUCAAGGAGCCCGGUUUCCAGGGGUUACCACCAGCCAUGCUGCCUGGAUGGAGCUGGGCUGGGGCAGGGAAGUAACUGACAUGCUGCCAUUCUUCACCGUGGUCAUCCCUAGCUUUCUCUUCAUCCUAGAGGUCCCCACUCCACACCCCUGGAAGCCCACUCUGGUCUCCCACCCAGUCUCACUCCAGUCCCUACGGGAUCUCCAACCACCCUCCCAAUUUCCCACACACCCUGUCCCCUGCAGCCUUUCCACAGUCCUCUGCUCUGCUUCUCAGCGUCUCACCUCCAAACAACCCUCGUCUCGCGUGGAGCCCCGUUGGGACCCGGGCGAGGCUGGCUUUCUGCUGACACUGAGGCCACGGUGCGCUGGCCCGUAUCUUAUAUGUACUGAGCUCUUGAAAGUGCAUCCCCAGCCCCCUGGCUUUUAACCACGGCCCCAUGCUUUGUACAGGCCGGCAGGGUCUUAGUGCCUAAUCCCGGCCUGGCUAAACAGGCUAUUGUUGGGAGCCUGAGGUCGCUCGGGUGUUUGCGCUUGAGGCCCUCGCUGGCGCUGUCAGCGGUGCGGCCCGAGUCGUGACAGUAAGCUGCAGCCUUUCAUGUCAAAAAGGCAGAGGAUUGUUAAAACAGCCCAGUGCUUCCGCCUGACCGGAGCGGCGGGACAGGGAGGGGGCUUAGACUGCCUACUCCAGCAGAGAAGCCAGGCACCGCUCCAAUAGUGGGAACCUGGGG